AUUAAAGCAAAAGUUAUGGUUUGGUGUUCCCGUGUCAGUUAGCAGAGCCAGUUUAGCGCUUAAAGCGUUUACAAACAGAGUUUACUGUUGGCAUUUAAUGUCAUAUCUUAUGAGUGGUGUUUUAGUUGCCUUUUUAUAAAGGUAAAUAAUGCAGGCCGAAGGCACUUAAUAGUAAUCAACACAGUUGUUGUCUGCAAAGAACUCGUGGCAGGAGGCUCGCUAAGAUGUUCAGGGCUGGCGGCAUGUUGAAGUUAGCAGCGCUCAUCUUAGCGUUCCUCCUUGCUGUCUUUCUGGCUUUUCAGCUGCUGGAGAUCAACGUGGAAUUUAAGCUCGCCAGUUUGGUCAGAUCUUUGCCAGCAAAUGAAGAACACACAAAGCCAGCUGUCCAUAAAUGUGGACUUUCCAAGGCGUGUCCACCUGGACACUUUGCCUUCAAGCUGGCGAGCGGUGCCGCCAAUGUGGUCGGGCCCAGAAUGUGCCUGGAGGACAAACUAAUAAUGAGCGGUGUGAAGAACAAUGUUGGUAGAGGGAUCAACAUUGCUCUGAUCAACGGAAAGACAGGAGAACCUUUAAAGACGGCUUUUUAUGACAUGUGGGCAGGAGACGUGGAGCCGUUUAUCAAGUUUCUAAAAGAAAUUGAAGAUGGGUCAAUCAUAAUGAUGGCUUCGUUUGAUGAUCCUGCAACAAAACUCAACGAUGAAGCCAGGAAGCUGAUUACAGAUCUGGGCAGCUCAGCUGUGGGAAAUUUGGGCUUCCGGGAUAACUGGAUCUUUCUAGGUGGAAAAGGCAUCAAGACCAAGAGCCCAUUUGAGCAGCACAUAAAGAACAGCGCAGCCACAAACAAAUACGAGGGCUGGCCCGAAGUGUUGGAGAUGGAAGGCUGCGUACCACAGAGGCAGGACUGAUUUCAGCUUUUGUGUCAGCCAUAACCACAUAUCAGUGUAAUCUCACCUUUUCAGCCUGACUUUCCUGCCAUAUUAAUUCAGACUGGUGAGACUUCUAUCUGUUUAAAAGGGUUACAUUACACCUGUGAUGAUAAAGCAUUUCAGAUUUGGACACUGCUUUUCUGUUUGAAUAAAAGCAAUAUAGUAUCGAGUGGUGAAUGAAAGCUCUUACCAUCUUGCAUCUUUGUUUGGAUAUGUUAAAAUAGGUGCUUUCCAAUGCUUUAAAGAGGAAAGAGAAUAUAGUACACUGAAUGGUAGAUAUUACUUCUAUUUUUUGAUUUCUUUUAACUUUCUGUCCUUAGAACCCAAAGACCUGGCUUUAACAGACAAGUUUUUGCACUGUUUUUUAUCAAAAUCAAGAUUGUUGCCCUCAUUUUUAGCUGGGUGCUUAACUAUCUAUUACUUUUACCAUACUCUGCCUUAAUAAUAGUUUUCAUGUUUUUUAGCCAACAAGUGUUGUGAUUCAGUUGUUAUCUUCCCAGAGGUUUUUUAUUUUUUAGAAAAUUACAAUUAACCAUCAAGACUUUGUAAUCAAAUGUACCAAAUUCACUGUGAAAUUUGUAAAUAUUUCUUUGGACAAAGACUUGUAUUCAAAAGAUUUAAUUUAAAGAAUGUUACAACAGUAAUAUAAGUUCUGAGAAUAAAUAAAUGAUAUUGAAAUGG